AUGCUGCAAAACCCUUUUCUUAGAUUUCUGCUUCUGCUCUCAUUGCUUUUCUCCUUUCUUCCUUCUUUGACUGCAAUUCCUGCAACCAGAAGCCUCAGGUCAGAUGAUGAAUACUUGACUGUCCAAGAAUCACUGGGUGCAGGGGAUUUGGGGUUGUUUGAUGUGGGAGAGGGAGAAGGUUUUAUUGAGGGGAGGAUGGAUAUGGAAAGGACAGACUAUCCGGGGACAGGAGCAAACAACCACCAUGACCCACGAACCCCUGGACGAGCUUGA